CCCUCCUCUCUCUCUCUCUCUCUCUCUCUCUCUGUCUCUCUCGUGCAUUGCUUUGUGCUCUCAUGGAAGUUAACACCACCGCUGCUGCAUCCGCAGGGCCACUUGACCUCGCCGCAAAAAACGACACUCAUAAACACCAACCCUACAGCCACCACCAACACCACCAUGGAAACUUUCCUUCAAAAACUGUUCUUAUCAUCAUCAUCUCCAUCAUCUCAGUUUUGGCCCUUCUUGCUAUAAUCUUCAUCGUAUUAAUGCUUCGACGGCUCGUCAAGUUGAAGAAAACAAAUGGCGAUAUUUACAAAGAGAACACCGGCUUGAUCAAUACAAGUUGCAGGUCCAUUGCUCAAACCGCAGUGGACUUCAAUUCUAGCCCAGAUGUGAAGGGUGGUUGUCUCCAAGGAGGGAAUUCUGGAAGGUCAUUGAGGGCACCUGCAGACAAAGGAGUUCAAGUGUUCUCAUACAAAGAACUUGAGGAAGCCACUGAUAAUUUCAGCGAGGCAAAUGUGAUAGGGCAUGGUGGGUUUGGAGUGGUGUAUAAGGGGGUCCUAAGAGAUGGGACAGUGGUAGCAAUUAAGAUGCUGCGCAGGGAAGGCAGGCAAGGGGAGCGUGCCUUCAGGUUUGAGGUGGAUCUACUAAGCCGGUUGCAAUCUCCAUACUUGGUGGAGCUACUUGGCUAUUGUGCUGACCAGCACCAUAGGCUCCUCAUAUUUGAAUGCAUGCCCCAUGGUACUCUGCAACGCCAUCUACAUCCUACAAACAAUCAUCAGCCGUUAGAUUGGGGGACCCGAUUGAGGAUAGCCCUUGAUUGUGCUAAGGCCCUUGAGUUCCUCCAUGAACAUGCAGUCCCAUCUGUUAUACACCGUGACUUCAAGUGCACCAAUGUUCUACUAGAUCAAAACUUUCGUGCCAAGGUGUCGGAUUUUGGAUUGGCCAAGAUGGGUUCUGACAAGAUCAACGGUCAGAUUUCAACGCGUGUGCUAGGGACCACCGGAUAUCUGGCACCAGAGUAUGCCUCGACUGGAAGGCUCACUACAAAAUCAGACGUAUACAGCUACGGCGUGGUUCUUUUAGAGCUCUUAACAGGGCGCGUGCCGGUAGACACAAAACGGCCUCCUGGAGAGCAUGUCCUUGUUUCAUGGGCUCUUCCAAGGUUAACUAACAGAGAGAAAGUAUUGGAAAUGGUUGAUCCAGCUCUUCAGGGGCAGUUCUCAAAGCGGGAUCUAAUUCAGAUAGCAGCUAUUGCAGCAAUGUGUGUGCAGCCGGAAGCUGAAUAUCGGCCUUUUAUGACGGACGUGGUACCGUCUCUAAUUCCGCUGGUUAACAGCUCCUCUUAUGGUGCUUCCUCUGGUUCGUCUUCAUAACCAAAUACCAAGUCCAAGGUAUUAGGGUUUUCUCCAAAUAAAAAGUAAAAAAAUUGUAUUAGGGUUCAUGUGAAAACUGCAAGAUGACGUGAACUGUUCAGAUAUCUUAUCAGCCAGUGCUUUGGCAGCUUUUUUUAUUUAUUUUUUAAAUGUUACUCUUAUCACCUAGUAGUACCAUCAUUUGUAUCAUCUCUCUAAUAGAGAUGAGACCUACCUGUGUUGGCGGACAUUAUCUCUAUUAGAGAGAUGAUACAAUUAAGUGAUGAUUGUAACAACAUUACUCUGUU